AGCGUCUCGGCUUUUCCUCAUCAAAACUCCCUCUUACGAUCCAAACCUCAGUGCACGCUUAUAAAGCUCAAGAGCCACCGUUCUCUCUUCCCAUUAAUUUGUAACCCAACCCCUUUGCUCUCUCAUUGAAUCAUCCGUUGCAUUGCAGCGAAGAUUGACAUGAAGAACCAAAGCAACGCCAUCCUCUUCUCUGCCUUUUCCCUCUUCCUUCUUCUUGCACUGGGGAGCGCAGCAGCAGAAUUCAUACCCGUAGAAACUGAGGAUGAGCGAGAGUUCGAUUACAUACCCGGGAGCGAGAAGGGGCCAAUGCACUGGGGGGAGCUAAGGAAAGAUUGGGAAGCAUGCAAGAAAGGCGAAAUGCAGUCGCCGAUCGACCUGUCGAGCCAGAGAGUGCAGGUGAUGCCCAAGCUGGGGGAGAUAGAGAGGAGCCACAAGCCCAGCAAUGCGACCCUCAAGAACAGAGGCCACGACAUUUCUCUUCAAUGGGACACGGGCAACGCUGGAUCAAUUAAGAUUAACGGCACAGAAUAUUUUCUCCAACAAUGUCACUGGCAUUCACCUUCCGAGCAUACGAUUAACGGCAGAAGGUAUGCAUUGGAGCUGCACAUGGUUCAUGUAAGCACAGACCCGACUGUUAAGAAUAAUAUUGCUGUUGUUGGACUCCUCUACAAGACUGGCGUACCAGAUGCUUUCCUUUCCAAGUUAAUGGGGAGCGUAUGGUCUAUGUCUGACAAAGAGGAUGAGAGAAAGAUGGGGACCAUUGAUCCAAGAGAGAUCAAGAUGGGUGGCAAGAACUACUUGAGAUAUAUGGGCUCUCUCACUACCCCUCCUUGCACAGAAGGUGUCAUAUGGACUAUCAACAAAAAGAUGGGCACUGUAUCAAAGGACCAAAUCAAGUUGCUCAGAGAGGCUGUUCAUGAUUAUGCAGAGAAGAAUGCAAGGCCUGUGCAGCAACUGAAUACAAGAGAGAUCCACUUCUACCAACCAAAUGAAGCGGCAACACGAAAUUAACCUUUUUUAGAUCAUUGAUUUAUUACCGGGAUCCUUGUAAACUAGAAGCUAAGAAAAGGUAGAUGUUAUUUAACGGCAUUAGGGUUGCUAAAUCUACUUUUAGAGAUAUUUAGAAUAUUUGGGAUAUUCUGGAUAUCUUUUGAUUGAUUAUAAUUAAUUUGUAAUAUUCUUUUACUUUAAAUAGUUGUUCUGUAUAAUGUAUAAGUUAACUCAG